CAGCGGGAGGCGAGGCUACUGGCAUGCAAACACAUAUGGGAGGACAACGCUGCAUGGCUGCACGAGGAGAACGCGAAGGUGGCAAGGCGGAAGGAAGAGGAGGCGAUGCGGAGGAGGCGGGUGUCGAGAGAGGCGAGGGAACGCGAGCGUGAGCGUGAGAGGGAAGCGCGAGAGCGUGAGCUCGAGACACUCCGCCACACGAGACAGGUGCGGUUCAGCGCCCUGACACAGCGGCCAUUACUCGACUACAGCACUCUGCCCCACGAGCGCUCCUCCACGCGUCCCUCUCCCUCCCGUUCUCCCGAAGAGGACCCUCUGCGAUACUCCUUGCUGCCGUCCAACAUCCCCCGCCAUUCUCCUCCCACUUCCCUGGGUGUCUCUCCUCCCGACGAUAACUCUCUUACCCUCCAACGACUCCAGCACGAGUUCGCGCAGAGUCUCAGCCGCACGGUGCGGUUCGCCGAAGUGGUAACAAGCAUGCACGGACCGCUCUUCCCGGCGGACGAAGGCCCCACCCUUCGAUCGCAGGCUCGUAUGAGCCGAUCACAACGAGAGCUCUUCGCCAGCUUGUUCGAUUCGAAUGACUGCGAGGAUGAGCGCGCGCUUGCCAAGGGGAAGGCACGAGAAGGCACGAGGUCGAAGCGAGCAAGCAUGCAAGCUGAAGCCACAGGGCGUGGAUGUGUCGCAUGCUCGCUCGGCAUGCGAUCCUCAUCGUCCGUUCCUAGCAGCGGGUCGGCCAUCUCCUCAUCGGCGUCCACCAUCACCCGUUCCAAUUCUUGGUUCUCCUUCGGCAGCCGCAGCUCGGCGUCGACCGCUCUAACGACGCCUUCUUCCUCCCUGCUCUCCUUCAAGUCGCCCUCUCAGUCUCUAUCGCCCAUCCUGCUAUCCUCUGUCCUCCACACUGAACCCGAGUCGAUAAGACAUUCGUGUUAUCCCCGCCCUCUCGUGUCAAUUCCGACAGGAUUCUUACCUAGCCGCGGACGUGCCCGUACCCGUGGUUCAGGCCGGCUUGCUUCCAUUCCGGAACUGCAGUCUGUCGAAGAUGGGCUGGUGAAGCGAGUAGGUCGUUCCGUGUCGACGCUCAUGGACAUGGCGGCACAGUUCCAAAGGGCGUACGUGAAGGCCACGUUAUUCAGCAUGGGCACCGACUUCUCUCGGUCGCGCUCUGACUCCCGUGGCCGCUCGGGCUCCCGCUCGCUUCCCCAUCACCCUGGCGGACGCGCCCUGCGUGCGGAGGGCUACCGCGCGCUUGCCUUCGAUGUCACUGUCUUGCUCUCUGCAACAGUGGACGACGAAGAGCUGUUUGGCACGCCCCAGCCUACGCGCACGCUCAUCCCGCUCGCGCUGCGCCUCCCCGGUGCCGAGGGGUGCCUGCCAUGUCACGGACGCGUCUUCGCGCCGCCGACGCAGCCCCCGCGCUCGCCGUUCCGUGUCGCCCAGCCGCAGCCGGGCACGCCGAGUCACCCGCGGCUGCGCCCCGUGGCGAACCCUGUGCUGCUCCGCCUGCAGGCGCUGCAGAACAUCUGCGCUGUGCGCGCGCUCACAUGGGAGGGCCGGCCGCAGGAGGGGCGCAUGUGCGCGGGCAAGGAGAAGCUCGUGACCGCGAUCGUGUGUUAGUGUCGGGUGGGGACGUACAUACUAUGGAAUGGACUUUAGUUCGAUCUUGCAUGGAGGCGCGGACUGCAACAUUACUUCCACCGCUCCCCCCCCCCUUUUCGUACCGGCUGUCGUAUAGUUAUCACUUAGGUUAAUGCUAAUCAUGUCGUCGUAUUAACCCCCAGCAUUGUUGUAUAGCAUGCAUGCAUUGUAGAUAUCCAUGUUCUGUAUGAGAUUAUACCCUC